AUGUCUUCCGGAAAGCUCAUCGUCGUUGUUGGCGCCGCUGGCAACCAGUGCGGUUCUGUGGUAUCUACGUUUUUAUCAGAGCCCUGCUGGCGUGUUCGUACCCUCACCUACAAUGCAUCAAGUACCAAAGCUCUAGAUUCAGCCUCCAGUGGAGUUGAAGUCAUCUGUGCGAAUAUAGACGAUCCGUCAACUCUUACACCAGCUUUUGAUAGAGCAGAAUUGGGAAAAGGUCCUGAGCUUAGGGAUACAGAGGUUACUACCUGUCCUAUGGCUUGCAAUGGUACAACAGACCAACACAAAUAA